GGAGUUCCCCGGGUGACGUCCCCGUGUCCCGCAGGCGCAGGCGCGGUGCCACCGCAUCGGGCAGAGCAAGGCGGUGAAGGUCUACCGGCUGAUCACGCGCAACUCGUACGAGCGCGAGAUGUUCGACAAGGCCAGCCUGAAGCUGGGCCUGGACAAGGCCGUGCUGCAGUCCAUGAGCGGCCGCGAGGGCAGCAUCGCCGGGAUCCAGCAGUUCUCCAAGAAGGAGAUCGAGGACCUGCUGCGCAAGGGCGCCUACGCCGCCAUCAUGGACGAGGACGACGAGGGCGCCAAGUUCUGCGAGGAGGACAUCGAGCAGAUCCUGCUGCGCCGCACCACCACCAUCACCAUCGAGAGCGAGGGCAAGGGCUCCACCUUCGCCAAGGCCAGCUUCGUGGCCUCGGAGAACCGCACGGAUAUCGCGCUGGACGACCCCAACUUCUGGCAGAAGUGGGCCAAGAAGGCCGACCUGGACCUGGAGCUGCUCAACAGCAAGAACAACCUGGUGAUCGACACGCCGCGCGUGCGCAAGCAGACGCGCCACUUCAGCACGCUGCGCGACGACGACCUGGUGGAGUUCUCGGACCUGGACAGCGACGACGACCUGGAGCGGCUGGAGCGGGCCGGCCGGCCGCGGCGCGGCGGCCACCAGCACGGCCACCAGCACGGCCCCGCCGCGCCGCCCGCCCCCGCCGCGCCCGCGCCCUUCGCCAGGAGCGACUGCGUCCGCGUGGAGAAGCACCUGAUGGUCUACGGGUGGGCGCGGGGACCCCCGGGGUGGGCCGGGGUCUGCGGUGGCCUCUCGGUGACCCCGCGUUGGCCAACGUCUUGCCUUGACCUCUUGUUGUCCCCGUUGAGCGUUGGUGACGCCGUUGGCUCCGUGUUGAGCUCGUUGACCCCCCAUUGACCAUUGAUCCCAUUGGCUCAACGUUGACUUCAUUGACCU